UAGUCCUGGUGCAAUUGCAAUUGUUGAGGGCGAACCGGUUGAACCGGUCGGACCUCUAACCGGUUCGAUCACCGGUCGGUUCUGAAAACAUUUCUUAUAAGAGCUUUCUAAUGUUGCUUUUGGGUUCUUGAAAAUUAACAUUUUGCCAUUAAAGAACAACCUUACUGUGAAGUUGAAAGGGCCAUAAAUUCUACUUAUUUUCUGGCCAAAAAUAAAAAAUUCUACUUAUUUUCUCCAAAAUUCGAAAAAAUGGCGGAGCCACCAGCUUCACAGCCGCAAACGGCAACGACAGAGGCGGCGACAACAAAAAUCACCGAUUUGGACGAAGAUUCAUUGGCUCAUUGCGCCACCUACCUCAGCCUACAGGACCUUUCAAGCCUCGCCAUGACCUCCAAAUUUCUCAAGAAAAUCGCUUACUCCGACUCCAUCUGGCUCCACCGCUUCAGCCUGCGUUGGCCGCUAGAAAUGCUAUCCAGCUCUUCAUCAGGAGUGAGGCAGGCGUAUUUGGAUUGGCGUACGGCGUUGCAUCAGUUUAAAUUUGCUGAUCCUUUCGUCCUCGAUUUAUAUACUGAAGCAAGGCAUUUUGAUCAUAUACUUCUUGAUAAGAAUGAUAUUAUCUUUUCUCAAGGUUCUAUCAUAAGAAUGAUGAAAACCGACAGCUUCUUGGGCGGUGGCUCACUUGUUAGGAUGAGUGAUCAUAAUGCAAGAAUCACAUGCAUGAGAUUGUUUCCACUUAAUGAAACUUCUUUAGUUCGGAGUGAGAUACAAAGAGAAGAAAACGUUCUGGUAACCUCAAGUUGUGAUCACUCAAUUCGUCUAUGGUGGAAGGGCGCUUGUCAUCGGUGCUUUAGAGGUCAUAAUGGUGCUGUUUCCACCUUGUCAGAUAAAUUAUUAGGUGCUGGUGGCGUCAAAGUGUUGGCAAGUGGUGGGGAAGAUGGCACUGUUCGCCUCUGGUCCCUUAGCUCUAGUGGAAAACGUGGCCAACAAGCUUUAAAGGCUACACUUUAUGGGCAUCAGAAACCUAUUUCAUUGAUGUCAGUUGCAGGGCACAAACCUUCCCUUUUGGUGACUAUGUCAAGGGAUUCUAAGGUGAGAGUUUGGGAUACGAAUACAUCAUCAGCUGUUCGUUCUUCUUGUUGCGUGGGAAUGACUUCCUUGCCGGGUGCACCUGUGGACAUGAAAUGCGAUGAGGCAUUGCUCUACAUUGCAGCUGGUUCCUCUGUUGUGGUAGUUGAUUUGAGGACAAUGCGAAAGGUUAACACUGUAGCAAUAUGCCAACCAAAACUGUACUCCUUUGCAAUUAUGCCCUCCAAAUCUUUAAUUUGUACCGGUGGAUUUGGCAAAGCAUUGCUUUGGGAUAUCAGGAGAAGCCAAGAGGCAUCAAAACCAAAAGCGGUUACAGAGUUGGAUGGUCAUAUGGGUUCAGUGUCACUAUUACAUAUGGAUCCAUAUAAAAUAGUUACUGGAGGGCUGGGAGAUAACUUUGUUAAUGCUUGGGAGAUUGACACUGGCAAACAAACAAACUCUUUGCUUUGUAAUCGUCCAGAGCUUGGAAAUACCAAUAUCGGAUGUUCGGCCAUGGCUGUGAAUGCAUGCAGAAUCGCUACUGCUAGUUAUGGUGAAAGUCAGGGACUUGUCAGUUUCCGGGAUUUCUCCGGUGCAGUUCGUCCGACUUCUUCAAAAUGCAAUGAUGACGAAGAAGAAGCGGAUGUUUGGAAAUUUUGGGGUACACAAACAUAUAGUGAUUCAGACGGCUCUAAUGAAUGAUUGCCUUGCAUCUCUCUUCUUUAAACAUAACAUUGGUUUAUGCAGAUGAUUAUAAGGUUAACAGUGAGAUGCUUUACUGGGGCAUAUGUCUAUGUAGUUUUAUGAAAUUAAAAAGAAACUCGAGGCAUUUCUUUGUUGA